CCUUGCAGUCAAUGAUUGUCGAUUACAAGCCGACGAUCCAAAGUUCAAUAAUAAAAACACCACCAAUGAAUAUGAGUGAAAGAGGAGCAUCAUGUCUUUGAAAAUAUUUUCCUGCAGGAUUUUAUCUAAAUUAUCAAACCAGGGUAUCGUCGCUGCCAGUAAACGAGAUGCAGCAGCCGCUGUGCUGGGACGGAGCUCUGUGCGGGGCUACUACAACACCGGGAGGCCCAGGUUCGCCGGGCCGGACGGGGCGGCUCAGGUCCGGGUCGUGGAUCUCCGCAGCGACACGGUGACCAAACCCGGGCCGGCGAUGCGCCAGGCCAUGGCGGAGGCCGAGGUCGGAGAUGACGUGAUGGGAGAGGAUCCGACAGUUAAUGAGCUACAGAAGAUUGCAGCUGAUAUGUUCGGGAUGGAGGCCGCGCUGUUUGUCCCCACUGGAACCAUGAGUAACCUGAUCGCAGUGAUGGUGCACUGCAGGGAGCGGGGCGAUGAGAUGAUAGUGGGCGACCUGUCCCAUUUACACAUCUAUGAGCAAGGAGGUAGCGCACAGCUGGCUGGUGUCCACUCCACCACGGUGACCACCCUCCCCAGUGGAACAUUUGACUUGGAGCAGCUGGAAUCGAAGAUCCGCCACGGUUACCCUGACCCUCACUACCCACGCUCACGCCUCAUAUGUGUGGAGAACACACACAACAUACAGGGGGGACGAGUGCUGCCUCUGACCUUCCUGCAGGAGGUUCGUGCUUUAGCAGAUAGGUAUGGUCUGUCGGUCCACAUGGAUGGAGCCAGGGUGAUGAACGCUGCUGUGGCCCAGGGGGUGUCACCAUCCACCAUACUGCAGCACACACACACUGUCAGCGUGUGCCUCUCCAAGGGUUUGGGUGCCCCUGUGGGUACCAUGCUGGCUGGACCCCAGGACUUCAUAGCCCAUGCAGUGCGGUGCCGUAAAGCCCUGGGUGGAGGGAUGCGGCAGGCUGGUAUAUUAGCAGCAGCUGGAAAAGUGUCUUUACUGGACAUGGUAGGAAGAUUGAAGGAUGAUCACUGCAAUGCAAAAACCUUUGCUCAGGCUCUGCUCGACUGUGACCCUCCUCUGUUUGCCAUGGACAUGGCGGCUGUGGAGACAAACAUCCUCCGCUUCCGUCUAGCAGAGCCCAGUUUGACUCCCUCCGAGUUCUGCGCCCGCAUGGGUCAGGUUUGUGAGGGAGAGGAGGCAGCAUUAGGACAAGGGAUACAAGUUCUCAUGUACCCUCAUUUUGGAAACUCAGUAAGGGCAGUGUGGCAUCUUGGGAUAUCCCCAGAAGAUACCCAGCUGGCCAUCCGGAAAAUGCAAUUUGUUGCUUCUCAGUACUUGAAAGAAAAACUCAGGGCCCAGUGAAAGCUGCUUGCCAAGAUGUGUAGUCUAAUAACUAGGACUGAUCAUAGAAAUUUUACACAGACUAAUCUGGAAAAAAAAACUGAAGAACCUCAAACAUGGGACAAACUGGACCACUGGAGUCACUGGACCUCUUUAUAUCCCUGUUCACUUCAUUUUUUUGUAAUUUGUAUGCAUUAAAUUUAAUGAACUGCU